ACAUGGCAAAAGAGAUCUCUUGCCAUCUCUCUCGGGCGUCUUUCUUCCGCAGCAGCCUUUGUUCCGUGACGCACUGAUGACGACGUCGUGAUGCUUUUAUUGACCUACACUUUUACUGAUGUUCCAUCGCAGAAAAAUUGCGAGAAUUAUGGAUAAUACCUUUGUUUUUUGUUAUUGUAACGGUGGUGUCGAUGUCUGUUGCCUUUGUCUUGGGAUGGAUAUUCCGACUGAAGAGAUCCCAGAGGAGUUUUGCCAUGGCCGCUGCCAUGUUCAUGAAUUCCAAUUCCCUUCCCAUCGCUCUAAUGCAAAGUCUGGUCGUAACAGUUCCUGGACUGAAGUGGGGGGAGGACGACGACAACAACGUAAUGCUCGGUCGUGCCCUGACGUACCUCGUGCUAUACAGCACCCUUGGGAUGGUGCUGCGUUGGAGCUAUGGAGUACGAUUGUUAGCGCAAGCUGACGACGAGCCUCAACCUAUAUUGCUACCGCCGGACAACGAAGACAGCCCUCUUUUUGGUUCUUCAUCUUUUGAUGAACAUGAUGACGAAGCUCCCCGUAUCGUGGUGGAGGAACGCAAUGUCACAGUCCAAGGCCAACCCUCUCGUCGUUCAAGAUUUUACAACUCCUUUCCCAACUCCCCGAAUGACUCUCGCGCCUACUUGUCUUCUAUCCACUCCUCCUCAUCCACGAUUGUUUCUCCUCACGUUUCAUCGCCGGGGAACUCAGACUUGGAAACCAGCGAUGACGAGCUGGAGUCUAUCGUUCUUCCCACUCAUUCUGAACGUCGGCAUUCCAGGACGCAGCAUUCGUCACAUACCUCUUCGCACGUUCCGCAUCGCCUGAAGUGGAUUUGGACAGCUCUGAACGAAUUCAUGACUGUUCCCUUGUGGGCUUCUCUUGCAUCGCUGAUCGUGGCAUGCAUCCAACCUCUGCAGCAUGUCCUUGAGGUCCACAUGCAGCCUGUCAAAGGUGCAUUGGCCAGCGCAGGAAACUGUUCCAUCCCGCUUACCUUGAUAGUCCUGGGCGCCUAUUUCUACCCCCCCCAGGAAGACGAAGCGAAGACUGAAACCUACUCGCUGAUACAUAGCGUGAAAGGCAUCUUCACCAUGAGGAAGAGCGAACCUCGACAGCAAGCGACACAGGCAGGCGAGACGAAGACAGUUAUCAUCGCUGUAGCGUCGAGGAUGAUUAUCACGCCGCUGUUGCUACUGCCACUGAUGGCGUUGUCCACCAAACUAGAUUGGCACGCCGUGCUGGAGGAUCCGGUCUUUGUGGUGGCAAAUGUAUUGCUCAUUUCAUCUCCCCCGGCGCUUACACUCGCCCAAAUCACGCAGGCGGCGUCUGGAGAUGCAUUUGAGCGAUUGAUUAGUCGGACAAUAUUCUGGGCUUACUGUGUUGUUACGCCGCCUGCGACUAUAUUUUAUGUUGUUAUGGGACUCGUUUUGUCCAAGCUUUAGGAUGUAUUUAGAUGCUCAUGGACUGCACAUACUCCAUAAAUAGAUUUAUGUCCUUUUCUCUUCGAUAGUCAGUGUAUGUACAUCAUAGUCUGAUUACUUCUCUUAGCGUAGGUGCACGUGUCGGCAGAUCUUAUCAAGGGCCCUCAGGUUCUGCUGUAUUCCGCUCUUUUCUAGGAUCCACGCAAGCGCUCGGCAUUAAUAAAGCAACUUACCAACCAUUCGUCGCUGACAGUACGGAAUGCUGAAUAUUCCACGUACGUCCCCCCCCCGGCGGGCCGAAGAUGACAGUAUCUGUUGACAUCAGCGGCCAUAUAAGCAGCAACUGUUU